UCUUGCCGGAAAUAUCGUUAUGAAUUAAAAAAAAAGAAAAAAAAAAAGAUUUACUGCAGGUGGGACCGAGAAGUAGAGAAUAAAAUCCCCAUUCACCGUUCACCGCUCCCGUUCACCGUUCCGAACCCAUAACGGCGAUUUUCUGAUUUAUCACUCUUUAACCUCAGGCGGCUCCGCCCGCUUCUACAGCAGUCAUGGCCGGAGGUAGCAAUACCACCAGGUCGUCUCAGAAGCCUUCUUCUGCUUCCGCCGCUCCUUCCAACCGGAAAUCCCGCUGGGAGUCCUCCACCAACAAUCCUCCGGCCGAUCCCAAAUCCGACUCUAAAUCUUCCAAACCCUAUAAUCCUUCCUCGAAAUCUACAAUCAGUCCCAAUUCCACUCAUCCUAAGCAUUCUGCCGACAAGACUGUUAAUCCAACUCCGGCCUCGGCUCCACUUCCGUCUCCUGGCGUUCCACUUCCCUUUCCCGACCCCUCGGCUCUUGGCCCACCACCUCCACCGUCUUAUGGAUUCCACAUGCUUGAACGCCGCACGAUUGUUCUUGCGGAUGGCAGUGUACGGUCGUACUUUGCUCUCCCUCUCGACUACAAAGAUUUUACUCCGCCUGCAAGGUCCAUGGAUCUCGCUGGUCGGUUUUUACCUAUGGGGUCUGGUGGUCCUGGACCUGGUCACGAAUAUGGUGGAUUUGAUCAUCGGUUUCCCCCAGGUGGCCCUAUGAGCCCAGAUGAGUUUAGGGGUGUUCGGGAAGAACAAUUUGCGCGUGCUAGGCCUCAAGAUCACUGGAAUUCUCGAGGGACUAACGAGCGUGGUGGCCCUGCAGAAUCGUCGUUGAAAAGGAAAUUCAAUGACGAUAAUGAGAAGGACAGGAAAGAUGAGAAAGACGAAUUAUCCAGGCGACAGCAGCAAUUUUUACACAAUGGGAAUGCAAAUGGGUUCCUUACGGGUUUCGGCGAACGACGGGGUGAUUUUUUGGCGGGAACUAGUGAUCCAUAUGGUCUAACAGAGGAUAUGAGGUUCUCGAAGUACAUGCGAGAUGGCGGGAGUUAUGUAAAUGAAGGUUUGAGGCUAGGUAGCGGUAACAACGUUGCUCCUAAAUAUUUCGAAGUUGACCAGAAUGCAUUGAGAAAGGCAUUUCUUCAUUUUGUGAAAACUAUCUACGAAAACGCUAAUCAGAAGAAGAAUUAUUUGGAGGAUGGGAAGCUCGGGCGUCUUCAAUGUCUUGCUUGUGCAAGGUCCUCUAGAGAUUUUCCAGAUAUGCAUGGCCUUAUUAUGCACACAUACAACUCUGAUAGUGCUGACUCGCAAGUGGAUCAUUUGGGUUUACACAAAGCUCUUUGUGUAUUAAUGGGGUGGAACUACUCAAAGCCUCCUGAUAAUUCAAGAGGGUACCGUUUUCUAUCUGCUGACGAAGCAACAGCUAACCAGGAGGAUUUGAUUAUGUGGCCUCCUCUAGUUAUCAUCCACAAUACAAUUACUGGAAAGAGUAAAGAUGGGCGCAUGGAGGGUUUGGGAAACAAGGCAAUGGAUAGUAAAAUUAGAGGUAUCAUGCACUUUUUUACAUUUCUUUAUCCUUCAUUGAUGCUUGAGUAGAUUUACCUCCUUCUAGGUAGAAUAAGGUCUCUAAUCAACUAGGCCAUACUGCACCUACAACUUUACUAUCU